AUGGCCAACACGCUGCCCCCCUGCCUGCUCCUGGUCCUGCUGCUCCUGGCCCCGGUCCUGCCUGCGCCGCACAAGCGAGGGCUCAUCUUCAACUUGGACACCGGGGAGCUGUGCCUGCAGAGCGCCCAGUGCAAGGACGGCUGCUGCCACCGGGACGGCGGCCUGAGCCUGGCGCGGUGUGUGCCGAAGGCGGCCGAGUUCCAGGAGUGCUCCCCGAAGAGCAUCUAUGGGGUGUACUACAAGUGUCCCUGCGAAAGCGGCUUGACCUGCGACGUUGAUAAGACCAUCGUGGGCUCCAUCACCAACAGCGACUUUGGCACCUGCAAGGACCCCAGGGGCUCCAGGUUGUGGUGA